CAAGUAGUUACGUCAUCACACUGAGACGAGUGAUUUCUGCAUGUCUGAUCGAGUUGUUGUUUUUCUUGUGUUUCUGUGCUUCAAACUCUCCUAAUAAUCUUUAAAGCUCACCGGAUGUCCCCUUGUUCUUUAUAUCGUUUCUGUCUGGACUUUCAGAAUUUCACGGCGUGUAAAGUGUCAAUGUUAAUUUGUCGUUAAAAUGGAGUUGCGCACUUACCCUUUUUUCGCUUUGUUGCUCUUUGUCUCCAAAUCUCCUGUAUCUCCAUCUAUUAUCACAGUUGAUCUGCAAAGGCCAGAAAGAGAGUUGAAACACUUUUGGAAAAGUACGGGCUUCUGCCCCCCUCUUCCUCACACCCAAGCCCACCAGUAUGACCUAAGCAUUGACCAGCAGCUGAAUCUGGCCUAUGUGGGGUCAGUCCCUCAUGGAGGGAUCCAGCAGGUCAGGAUACACUGGAUGAUGGAGCUGGUCAGUGCACAAGAUACCGGAGGAAUACCCCAGUAUAAUUUCACGAAACUGGAUCAGCUAAUAGAACUCCUGCAUAUCAACGGACUUAAUCCAGGUUUUGAGUUGAUGGGCAGUGUUUCAAACUACUUUAAUGACUUUGAGAACAAAUCCCAAGUGUUGGAGUGGAGAAAUCUGGUUCAUCUUACAGCCAAGAGGUACAUUGAUAAAUAUGGCCUGGAAAUGGUUUCUCAGUGGAACUUUGAAACAUGGAAUGAACCCAGCAACCAUGACUUUGACAACGUAACCAUGACAAUUCAAGGGUUUUUAAACUACUAUGAUGCAUGUUCAGAAGGACUGCGAGCUGCGAGCAGCCUCUUCAGGUUUGGAGGUCCAGGAGACUCAUGCCACUCUCCACCUCACUCCAUGUACUGCUGGGCAAUGCUGCAGCAUUGCUACAAUGGCACUAACUUUUUCACUGGGGAGACGGGGGUCAGGAUUGAUUUCAUCGCCCUGCAUAAGAAGGGUGGCGGCCACUCUUUGCCCAUCCUCCAGCAGGAGAUCGAGACAGUGGAAGAGAUCCACAAGCGUUUCCCCAGGUUCCGCAGUGUCCCCGUUUACAACGAUGAGGCCGAUCCUCUUGUGGGGUGGUCCCGACCUCAGGGGUGGAGGGCCGAUGUGACCUAUGCUGCAUUGGUGAUUAAGGUGAUAAACCAGCACCAGGAUUUGCUACUGGCUAAUCCAGACAGCACCUUCAAUUUUAGCAUGCUGAGCAACGACAAUGGCUUUCUCAGCUACCACCCACACCCCUUCACCCAGCGCACACUAACCGCUCGCUUCCAGGUGAACAACACCCUGACACCUCAUGUCCAACUCGUUAGGAAGCCCGUCCUCACUGUCAUGGCCUUGCUGGCUUUGCUCGGAGAGACCCAGGUCCUGUCUCAGCUGCUGAAUUCAACAGUCGACCAGAAUGGUUCUCUGGGGGUUCUUGCCAGCACUCACAAACCAGCAAUACCAGGCGGGUCAGACAGCUGGCAGGCAGCAAUUCUGGUCUAUAGGAGUGAUGACACCAGCACAUCCCAGGGGACUGAGGAUGUUUCUGUUGUGCUGGAAGGAUUGAAAAAACAAAACAGUCCUGUGUAUGUCACAUACUACAUGGACAACGAUGCAACCAAUCCCUACCAAGUGUGGCAGAGUAUGGGCAGUCCCACAUACCCGACAGCAGAGCAGUUUAGACACCUCAGAAGUAUGGAGGGCCCUCGCAUCAGUGGACCGUGGGAAAUUCCUCCAGGUGACACUUUGACUUUGAAAGCCAAAUUACCCAUGCCUUCAGUUCUCCUGAUCCAUGUGUGCAUGAAACCCAAGGCACCACCAGGCCAAGUCAAUGGAUUACGCUUCAUCAGGAUCACUAAAGGCCAAGUUCUUGUUGUCUGGUCUGACCAUUACGUUAAUUCAAGAUGCAUCAAGACCUUUGAGUUGGAGUUUUCUGGAGGCAGUAAGGAAUUUAGAAGAGUGAAUUCAGAAAACACAAUUUUUACUUCAUUUGUCCAUACACCAGUCAACCAGGAGGUUGCUGGUCUGUACAGAGUUCGAGCUGUGGAUUAUUGGAAACGACCUGGCUCUUAUUCACUUCCAAAGAGAUAUUUGGAAAAGUAGAACAUAUUUUUGGAACAAAAUAAAUAAAUAUAUUGUCCACUCUGUUAAGUGCACACUAACAAGAUGAUUGUAAUAAAUAAUUUUUUUAAAUGACA